AUGUCUGCAUCUGCAUGCGCUUUGGGGCCAUUUUUUAACGUAUUUUGCAUGCAUUUUGCAUGCGUUUUGCAUGCACUUUGCAUGCAUUUUGCAUGCGUUUUGCAUGCACUUUGCAUGCGUUUUGCAUGCACUUUGCAUGCAUUUUGCAUGCACUCUGCAUGCGUUUUGCAUGCACUCUGCAUGCGUUUUGCAUGCGUUUUGCAUGCGUUUUGCAUGCAUUUUGCAUGCGUUUUGCUGCUGCAGCGCUGCGCCAUUUGUGGGGACUUGGGCCACGUGACGAUGGACUGCAAAAUGCGGCGGGGCGACGGAGCAGCAGCAGCAGCAGGAACAGCAGCAGCAGCAGCAGCAGCAGCAAGAGGGAGGCCCCCCCCUCCGCCGCCUAUGGGGAUGCGGCCGCCAAUGCGCAGCUGCGCAGACAGCUACAGAAUUGACAUGGUGAGCAGCAGCAGCAGCAGCAGCAGCAGCAGCAGCAGCAGCAGCAGCAGUAGCAGUACUAGUGGUAGUGGUGGUAGCAGCAGCUGCAGCAGUAGCAGCUGCAGCAGCUGUGACCGCAGCAGCAGCAGCAGCAGUAGUAGUAGUGGUAGUAGCAGCAGCAGCAGCAGCAGCAGCGGAAACAGCAGCAGCAGCAGCAGCAGCAGCAGCGGCGAGUUGCCUUCCAUUUGUCUAAACUCUAAUCUGUAG